AUGGAGUCGAUUAAACAGACCUACCAUACGAUACUUAAAUCUUCUCAUCCAUUGAUACUCUCAUUCCAUUUAGGUGGGAAGAUCAUUCCUGUUGUGUGUUAUCUCUUUGGGUCGUGGAUAGUUUCCUUUACAACACAAUUCACCCUUAUAAUUCUUUUAUUGGCUCUCGACUUCUACUUAACAAAAAACAUCAGCGGUCGGAAGUUAGUCCAGUUACGCUGGUGGUUUGAUGUAACUGGUACGAAGUCUGAUAGUUCAACUCCCUUUACCUUUGAAUCUUAUAAGCAGUACCAAGACUACCAUGGACCUGGUAUAAAUCCAAUAGAUUCUAAAUUAUUUUGGUGGUCUACGUACUUGGCACCUGUUGUUUGGGCUACACUUGGAGUGUUUUGUAUUAUAAAGUUCGAAUUCAUUUAUUUGUUGCUGGCUCUACUUGCAAUUGGGUUAACUGGUUACAAUGUUUACGGCUUCCGUUGUUGUGAUAAAUGGGAACCUGGCAAUACGAAUGGAUCUGGGUCCGGAUCUGGGUCCGGAUCUGGGUCCUGGAUGCAAAUACCAUCAUUCCCCAACUUGGAGAAUAUUCAACAACUAGCGAGAAUCCAGUCCUUCUUUAGACCUGGUUGA